AUGGACCAUUCGGAGCACCACGACUACAGCCAGCACGCAAACAUGUCGAGCGGGGGUGCACAUGCAGGACAGGCCGGUCACACAACGGUCGAUCACAGCGCACACGAUCACACGAUGAUGGAUCAUGGUGCGCACGGUCAACAUCACGGUGCGGGUGCGGCGGGUCCAGCCGGUAUGGUACACCAUAUGAUGUCGAUGUCGUUUCACGGUGGCUACGACGAGACGAUCCUUUUCGAACAGUGGAAAAUCGAUAGCCUUAGCGGGUUGCUCUGGUCGAUGCUGCUCAUCUUUGUGAUGGCUGCGCUGUACGAGGGCUUGAAAUACUACCGGGAGCAUCUGUUCUGGCGGACGUACAAUGCGCUCCAGUAUCGCCCGGUCACGGUGACGGAGAAAAGCAAUGGCAAUGGUGUGGUGGCGGCCCCCGGUACAUCCGGGACCGCCGAACGGGGUGCUGGCGAAGGUCUUAAUGGAACCGGUGGCGGUGGUGCAGGACUGAACGAGGAGGGUGGCCGAAUCGUGCACAUGGUUGGUGAAGUGAUCCACAAGCAACCCUCGACCGGCUGUAGGCCGACAAUGCUGUCGCUGAUGCACCUGUACCAAACGUUACUGCACAUCCUCCAGGUCACGACGAGCUUCCUGCUGAUGCUAAUCUUCAUGACGUACAACACGUGGCUCUGUCUAGCGGUCGUCCUGGGUGCCGGUCUCGGCUAUUUCCUGUUCGGAUGGAAAAAGUCCGUUAUCGUCGACGUUACCGAGCACUGUCACUAA